AUGGACCAUACAUCGUUGAUCGGUAGAUCUGUGCAGCAUGUGAGCACCGCCCCGCCUCCCCUCCGCACGCAGACAGCAGCAGCAGCUCACCCGCCGCCGUGGACUUACCCGUAGGUAACGGAGAAGAUGGCAGAGCGGCAACAGAAGCACGAAGGCAGAGUAAAGAUUGGCCAUUACGUCCUCGGCGACACGCUUGGCGUCGGAACAUUCGGGAAAGUAAAAAUUGGCCAACAUCAGCUGACUGGCCAUAAAGUGGCUGUAAAGAUCCUCAAUAGGCAGAAGAUCCGCAGCCUUGAUGUCGUGGGGAAAAUCAAACGGGAGAUACAGAACCUCAAACUCUUCAGGCACCCACACAUCAUCAAACUGUACCAGGUGAUAAGCACACCAACAGACUUCUUCAUGGUAAUGGAGUAUGUAUCAGGAGGGGAGCUCUUUGACUACAUCUGUAAACACGGACGGGUAGAGGACUCAGAGGCACGGCGUCUCUUCCAGCAGAUUAUCUCUGCUGUUGACUACUGCCACAGACACAUGGUGGUCCACAGAGACCUCAAGCCGGAGAAUGUCCUGCUAGAUGCCAGCAAAAAUGCCAAGAUAGCAGACUUUGGCCUGUCAAAUAUGAUGUCAGACGGGGAGUUCCUGAGAACAAGCUGUGGCUCGCCUAACUAUGCCGCCCCAGAGGUUAUCUCAGGACGGCUGUAUGCCGGUCCAGAGGUGGACAUCUGGAGCUGCGGAGUGAUCCUGUAUGCCUUGCUCUGCGGCACACUGCCCUUCGACGACGAGCACGUGCCGACACUGUUCAAGAAGAUCCGGGGAGGGGUGUUCUACAUGCCGGAGUACCUGAACCGCUCCGUGGCCUCGCUGCUCAUGCUCAUGCUGCAGGUGGACCCGCUGAAGAGAGCCACCAUCAAAGACAUCCGGGAGCACGAUUGGUUCAAACAGAACCUGCCGGGCUACCUGUUCCCGGAGGAUCCUUCGUACGACACCAACGUGCUGGACGAGGAGGCUGUCAGGGAGGUGUGCGACAAGUUUGAAUGCACUGAGUCUGAGGUCAUGUCCAGCCUCUACAGUGGAGACCCCCAGGACCACCUGGCGGUGGCCUACCACCUGAUCAUAGACAACCGGCGCAUCAUGACCCAGGCCAGCGAGUUCUAUCUGGCCUCCAGCCCCCCGCAGGGCUCUUUCAUGGAGGAGGGCAUGCCCCUGCCCCCGGGUGUCAAACCCCAUCCCGAGAGGAUGCCGCCGCUGCUGGCCGACAGCCCCAAGUCCCGCUGCCCUCUGGAUGCUCUCAACACCACCCGGCCCAAGCCACUGGCGGUGAAAAAAGCCAAGUGGCACCUGGGCAUCCGCAGCCAGAGCAGACCCUACGACAUCAUGGCCGAAGUGUACAGAGCCAUGAAGCAGCUCAGCUUUGACUGGAAGGUGGUGAACCCUUAUCACCUGCGUGUUCGCAGGAAGAACCCAGUGACGGAGACCCUGGUGAAGAUGAGCCUGCAGCUUUACCAGGUGGACAGCCGUUCCUACCUCCUAGACUUCAAGAGCAUCGACGAUGACAUCAUUGAGUUGACCGGCUUCAAGUCAGGUUCGUCUACCCCUCAGCGGUCGGGCUCCACUGCGGGCCUGUUUAGACCCAGGCUGAGCGUGGACUCAGCCAGCACCGCCAUGGACUCACUGGCCCAGCUCAGCUCCUCCCUGCCGGGCUCGCUGGCGGGAAGUGCACCCCAGCUGGCCCCACGGCAGGGGUCGCACACCAUGGAUUUCUUUGAGAUGUGCGCCAGUCUGAUCACCACCCUGGCCCGCUGAGGGAAGGAAUGGAUGCCCUCAGAGAGCCCCAAGGAACUCCCGGCCCUCCACCGGACCCCCACCACUACGUCAGAAGCCGAGGCGGGCCGAGGGGACAGGAUGAUGCAACUGCUUGUGUCGUCUCAAAUGGUCUCAAGUGGUCUGCUGUCCAUCGGCCCUCCUUUCAAAUAAUUAUGUGAUUUGAGUCAAAAAACAAACUGUGAGGGUGAGCAGGGAUGUGAAAAGCGUAGUUGGUGGGGUGUUAGGGGGGAGAGGAAGCCGUUGAUUAUUUUUUUCUAAAAUGGACCCACGGUCAGUCGCUGUGAGGUAAUUGGUUGGACGUCAGACCGUGAAAACUGACUGUGGGCCCAGGAAACAUAACUGGGAUGAUGGCUGUGGUAGGGGUGAGAGCUCAGAGGUCAGAGUUCACCAUCAUUUUUAGAGGCACGAUCAGCUAAGAACAAGGUUGCUGGGCGUUUCGCCACGUGAUACUGUGAAGUCACCCGUUGAAUGCUGACCAAAAACAGCAUUGCCCACGCAUCACUGUAGAGAGCCUAUUUACUGUAGCUCUGAGCAGUGGUCCAGGGUCAGUUUCAGAGUCUUGUUCUUAGUUAGAACGUGUAAACUGACCCGUUCUAAGUCUGAGGACACAUAAACAUAAGCAUAUUUUUUCAGUUUUCUUAAAGGUUUUGUAAACUACUAUAUAUAUAUAUAUAUAUAUAUAUAUACACACAAAACCUUUAAGAUAACAGAAAAAAUAUAUAACAUGCUAUAUUAUGUGUGUAGUUGAAGCGAUCAACAUACCAAGUAUAAAUUGUUAUAUACUCAUAGAGAGGUUUAUGAUUUAAGCACUGCAUUAAUCAGUUUGGUUAUGAUAUUUAGGAUAUUAUAGAUGAUCGUUAACCUAGAAAUAUUUCAUACCUUGAUUCUUUCUACUUUAAGGUACCGAUACACACCAUUGUCUGUGCUAGAUAAUGACUAUAACCAUAUUGUAUUCUUUCUAAAAACAAUUCAGCAGGAUUGACAAACAUUUUACGUAUGAAGCUUUCUUCAGAUCCUCAAUGUCCCUAACAAUUGCAGCAUUCUAUCAUUAUUGUAGCUUGCAAAACACAGAGGUUUACAACAGAGAUGGAAGCCAUGCAUGCAAACUGUUCUGUUGGAAUAGAAGAAUGCAAAUGAAAACAUUUACCGGCUACAACACAAACAAUGAAAGAGCUGUAUGCAGAGCACCGAUGGUACAGUCCUUUAAGCAGAUGGAGUGUAUCUUGGGAAGUUGUUUGCUAAAAUAAGCAACACAAAUCUUUCUUCUGCUGCCUUCAAUCAUCAAAAAACAUGGAUUUUUAUGUAGACACACAUGCACUGUGUGUGUGUGUUUGUGUGUGUGUGUUUUUAUGUUGGUGGGGGAACAGUGCUUUGGCAUGAGGUGGUUUGGUGUGUGGCAUCAGUCUUCGUCACGUCUGAGAUUUAUUUGGUGGUUCAACAAGAGGCAAGAGGAUCAAUAGAAACCAAUCUGUUGGCUAGGAAGUUCAUAAUCCUUUAUAACACAGAGCUGAUUAUUUUCCGAGGCAAGAGCAAAAGAAGGAACAUAGUGUACAGUAAACAUACUGUUGUUUCUCAAAGCAACACAUUGUAAUUCAACUGUCCAAUCAGGUUGUGUCUUUCUGGUUGUCUCUGUAUAGGUAUCUGGUGAGUAACUCCUCUAGAUUCCAUUUUACAGUCAUGAGCUGUGAAUGGUUAUAACCUGCAAGAUGGAAGCCGGCCUGAGUAUUUAUUGCUGGUGAGAAACAGUAUUCGUUGCGAUGCAUGCAACAGCGUCUUUUGAUCUUUACUUGUUCUGGUCAGUGUGCAUUGUGUUCUCGUUGCUGUAGUAAUGUUCCGUGUGCUCAAACGAAUAUGGCCAUGUUCUCUAGAUCUGAACAAGGAUGAAUGAGUGAGUGAUUGAUUGGAUGCCCGGCGGUGUAAAAUAUGGGCUCAGAGAAUACCCCUAAAUUUCUCACCUCUCCCUUUACUCUAUUUUUUUUCCUUCAUCUCUCUCCCCCCUUUGGAGAGAGUUCCCACGAUUAACUUUUGUGAAACAGUACAGAUGUGCUGGAGACCUGCUGCCCAGCAGUUGAAACUGUUAUCCAAGGUAUCAAUCUGUUACCUGAUCAUUCUGUUGGACCUAUCCAUUACCAUGAGGUGGGUUGGUGAAGACAUGCAUUAAGGAAUACCUCAUCCUGUUGUGGACAGGUAAGAGUACUGCCCUUUUAGAGCACUACUGAAGUCCACCAUGUUCGGAAGGAUCUGGUUAUAUUGUUGCCUUAUGAGAGAAUUCUGGUGGAGUCUGGUUGGAGGGGAGAAGAGCCAUUUUACUCAGCUGAAACCUCUUGAUCGCUAGUGUUGCUGUGUCUCUCGUUUUGAGCUAGAGAGCCCCUGAGCAACAUAUGCACGUCUGUCUUUCCUCUCUGGCUGGUCAUACAGCAUUAUGAAGUAUAUCUACUGAAAGAAAAAAGUGAAACGCUGCCACCUGCUGCUAGAAUUAAGCAACUGCAUACAGAAUGAGAUAGACUAUGAGCAUGUUACCCACAUCGGCUGUGAACCUGAUCAGUUGCCCGCUGUAUAGUGUACUGCUACAAUCACGUCAGGCCAGUUAUGCAUUUAGUAUGGAGCCAACAUAUUGUCGACCUCUAAUAAAGGCCAGUGUGUUGAUAAUGAUACAUCACGGUACGGAUCGUACAGAACUACUUGGAUGUAACCAGUAACUGCAAGUUAACUGAUGUGUUUGUACUGUACUUAUUGUAUGUAACUACCAGUGGUAUGUUGGUCACUUCUGUCUUUGUGUGUGCGUGUGCGUGUGCGUGUGCGUGCCUAAAGUGGAGUACUUUCCACCACAGAGCCGUCAGUUACGUUGGUCUGUGACAGGGACUUUAUGGUUUGUUCAGAGGUGUUCGCCUCUUCCGUCUGAGAGGCUUUUUGGGGGGGAUUUCUGUUACGCACUGCAUGGUUUUGCUGUUCUGAUUUGCACUUUAAUUGCUAUUCAUUGUAAAUUCAUUGCUCACUGAAUAAAUUAAGGAGUAUGGUAAAAGAU